AUGGAUACCGAUACCCAGUUUCAUCUUCAGUCUUCAUCAGCAAAGGAGGAGACAGGAGGUGCACAGGCAGACAGAGCCAAUUCAGCCCAGCCCAGCUGGGAAAUGAACCUGACUGAAGAAAUUCACCCUACACCUACACCAGGUAGUCUGUCCCUUGGUGCUCUGGUUUCACUGCAGUCACCUCUGAAACACCUUGAGUCAAACCCAAGGACAAACAUCCCUCAGCUGUGCCAGUUCACCGUGUGUGUUGAUCUCAACCGGACGGCCAAUGUCAGCUCCUGGGCAGCAUUCUCCUAUGACACGAACACCACCUCCACUGACAUCAGUGACCUAGAGCUUGGACUCUCUGGAGAAAACAAGCAAUUGAGACUGUAUCUUUUUGGCACUAGACGAGACAUUGAGGUCGACCUGGCCCUUUUUGUGUGGUACAGCGUGUGCUGCUCGUGGGACACCAGGAGACAACUGCUGGAGGUCUAUUGCAAUGGUCAUCUCGUGUAUGCAGAGACCCUUGGCAGUGCUGAGUGCCUGAAGCCCAAUGGCAGCCUGGUGCUGGGUCAUCUGCACAAAAGAAAGGAUGGCUUUACUGUGAGGGUCAGCAACAGCUUCAUUGGCAGCUUGUACUAUUUCCAAAUGUGGGACCGUGUGAUGAGUCAAGAAGAGCUGCUGGACUGUGCCAUGGGCAAUACUGUCAGCUGGGAGGAGCAGUGCUGGAACCUCAGCAGCAUCCUUCCUGUUGCAGACCGGCACCUGCGCUGUGUUGCCUUCUUUAAUGUUCACAUGAACUUUUCCCUUUCCUACACAACUGAGAGAGCUCCUGAUUACUAUGAUGCAAGGAAGCUUCUUGAAAACUGGUUUAGUGUUGUAUUUACUGGAGAAGAAUUUGUUGUGACAAACUUUAAAGUCAGCUACAUCUGUAAGGCCAUUAUAAAGGCCACAUCACAUGAGACACAAGAAGUGCUGAGUCUCAAGAUCAAACACUUGCUGAAUGACACUUACAGAGAGGGGCCAUUAUCCUUGCAUGUGAAACCUGAAGAUGUGGCUGUCAAGCCAAUAGAGAAUGCAGAAGAUGUUGUGCAGCAUAUUUCAUACCUCUUGCCAGAUGCAGCACUGCAUUUGGAAGAGUUAGAGAUCAUUGCAAGUAAAAUUUCUGAUAUUGUAAGGCUGGCAGAUCUGAGCAUGAUGCUUGCAGAGACUAUAUUGUCCAUCCUAGACUAUAUUUUGCUGCAAAAAAUAGAAGAUCAGAACAUCAGAAAAAUGACAAAUAGUAUCCUGAAGACAACCGAGGAGAUGGGCUAUAAGGUGACUUACACAGAAAGAAACACAUCACUUGUCACCACCUCCUUGGCUUUGUUGGUGACUCGUCCAGAUCCCAGCAUGUUUGGAGGUCUGGCCUUUGGAGUUACCUCCUACAGCAGAGGUGGGAAUCUCCAGAUCAACGUUCAAGAAAACCCUUUCAGAAAGGCCUUGGCUUCUGUGUUUUUACCAAAAUCACUGAAGAAAUUCCUAGGGAUUGAGCACUCUGACCCAGACAAGCAUUCAAGGAUCCAGUUUAAGUUCUUUGGCACUACUUCACUCUUCGUGGAUGACAGUUUAAAGGAGGAGAGGCUGAAUACUUAUGUUGUGAGUGCCAGCAUUGAAAACACAUCCGUUCAGAACCUCCGUGAGCCUGUGACUGUUACUCUGCAGCACAUACACCAAAAUACGAUGGACUGGGUGGAUGGAAUAGAUCAGGGUGUGAAAUGGAAUAUACAGAAAUGA